GCCAUGCUCGAGCGGGUGAGGCGGAAGUGGAAACUUGUCUUCCGGUCCCAUCCUCCUCACCGUCGCUCGAUACAGCUAGACCGACUGCAGCUGGUGCUACUAAGGCCCGUUAGACCGACAAGCCUCAACAGUUAGCCCCUCAGGACAGCAAUGGACCACAGAGGAGCCGGUGAGGGGCCAGGCAGAAGACCCUCCAGUCCCUCCUCUGGGGCACCCAUGGGUGCCAAGGGACAAGCAGCACUGAGUGUUCAAAAGCCCAGGGUAAAGAUCACUCCCUUCCAUGGCUCCCCCAUAGCCAGCAGUGAAGGAGCCCUCCGCAGCACCCGGCCCGCAGCCUCUGCUCAUGGAAGCCUGUUUCUGGACACACUUGGUCGGCUGACUGCCCCUCCUGUCAGAGGGAGAGCUGCUGCUGGGAGCUCAGAGGAACCCCCCCCCAGUUCAGGCUCUGCACCGGCCCCCACAGGAGUAAAGCUCCAGAAUAAAUAUGUUUUUGCCCUUUUAAAGACUGCUGGCAAGAAGGCAGUGAAGUCAAGCACCAAGCUUUGUCCCAGCCACAAAGGAAAGGAGAGGAGAGCUGUCUCCAGCAAACCUCCGUCCGCUGUGAAGAGGAGGAAAAGGAAGAUGGGAAUGUACAACCUAGUCCCCAAGAAGAAGGCCAAGGCCAUUAAACAGCAGGAGAAGAAGGAGGAGCCAGGACCCAGUGUGCAGCAGAACAGAGCUGCAGCUGAGGAGAAGCCAGUGAUGCUCACAGAGACUCUGCAGCCCCUCAGGAGUGAACUGUUGAUGGAGGGGGACCCUGGAGAAGGAGAAUACACAGAGCUGGCUCUGGAGUGUCUGGAUCUGAAAGCUCAGGAAGAGCUGCUCUCUCCUCCCCUGUCAGAUGCUAAGGUGACAGAAUCAGACCUGUUGGAGGAGCUGCCGCUGUGCUGCUGUCGGAUGGAGACUCCUUACAGCGGAGGCAGCCUGUCCACCAUUGAGCAGACCUGCAUGGCCAUGGAGAGCAUGGAUGGAAUGCUGAGCCGUUGCCAGAGGCGAGUGAUGAAGCAGGAAAUGAUGCGCCCCUCUAACACGGUCCAUCUGCUGGUUCUGUGUGAGGAGCACCGGGCCGGCAUGGUGAAGCACCACUGCUGCCCCGGCUGUGGGCUCUUCUGCCGGGCGGGCACCUUCAUGGAGUGCAGGCCGUACGGCAGCAUCUCCCACCGUUUCCACCGUGACUGUGCCUCCAUCCUGAAGGACCUCAGGUUCUGCCCCCACUGCGGAGAGGAUGCCAGCGGUGCCAAGGAGGUCACCGUGCUGAAGGCUGAUCCGGUUCCCUCUGUACCCAGAUCCAAACCCGGGCCGUCACUCCCAGCUGUUCCAAAUAUGGCCGCCCUGCCAUCAGUACCAACCACGCCUGCUGUUCCACGCAUACUCAGAGCUAAGAAGAGCAGCGAGCCACAGAGGAGCCGAGACCAGAGCCCGGGCAGGUCAAAGGGCGAGGCUGUGUAUGCCACAGACAGAAUACCCAAAGAGUCACUGGAGAGCAUCCUGACGGCGCUGGAUGAUGACAACCUGAAACCAAAGAAGGUGAAGUACCCCACCAGACAGCUGUACAUCUCUGCUAAACAAGGAGAGCUCCAGAAGGUCAUCCAGCUGCUAGUUGAUGGGAAGGACCCCAACUUUUUGAUGGAGGGCCCAAACAGAGUGACCCCUCUUCAUGCAGCAGCUGCUGAGGGGCACCAGGAGAUCUGCCACAUGCUGGUCCAGGCGGGAGCCAACCUGGACAUGUGUGACGAGGAGCAGAGGACCCCAUUGAUGGCCGCCUGUGAGAACAACCAUCUGGACACGGUGAAGUACCUGCUGAGAGCCGGAGCCGCUGUCAGCCACAAGGAUAUCAUGGGUUUCACCUGUCUGCAUCUGGCAGCUAAACUGGGACAUCAUGACAUAAUCCAUCAUCUGCUCUCCAAGGCAUCCAAAUACAUCAACUGUCAGGAUGAUGGGGGCUGGACUCCCAUCACCUGGGCCAUCGAGCACAAGCACAGGGAGCUGGUCCACCUGCUGCUGGCCAGAGGGGCCGACGUGAACAUCAGGGACAAGGAGGAGAACGUGUGUGUGCACUGGGCCGCUCUCUCGGGCUGUGACGACCUGGCCCAGGCUCUGCUGGAGGCCCGCUGCGACCUCAGCGCCGUCAACGUUCACGGGGACUCCGCGCUCCAUGUGGCUGCCAGAGAGAACCACCUGGAGUGUGUCAUGUUGUUCCUGUCUCGUGGAGCGGACGUCACUCAGAGGAACAGGGAGGGGGGGACGGCUCUGGACUGCUGUAUGUACGGCUCCAAGGUGUGGACGGCCCUUACCACCAACAAGAAGCUGACGGACGCCCGCAGGGGCAGGGACUGCCGCGGAGAGAGGGUGCUCAGCAGGGACAUUUCACGAGGGUAUGAGGCAGUUCCUAUUGCCUGUGUUAAUAGUGUGGACAGCGAGCCGAGCCCGGAAAACUUUAAGUACAUCCCUGACAGCUGUGUGACCUCCGCCCUGAACAUAGACCGAGACAUCACUCAUCUACAGCACUGCAGCUGCACAGAAGACUGCUCCUCCAGCAGCUGCAUGUGUGGGCAGCUCAGUCUGCGCUGCUGGUAUGAUGGAGAGGGUCGACUACCCCUGGACUUCUGUCAGAGGGAGCCCCCCGUGCUGUUUGAGUGUAACCACGCCUGCUCCUGCUGGAGGAGCUGCAGGAACAGAGUGGUGCAGAACGGCCUGAGAGUGCGGCUGCAGCUCUUCAGGACUCAGAGGAUGGGCUGGGGAGUCAGGGCCAUGCAGGAUAUCCCACAGGGAACCUUCGUCUGCGAGUAUGUCGGAGAGAUCAUCACAGAUGCAGAGGCCGAUAAAAGAGAGAAUGACUCUUUCCUCUUCACCCUCGACAAUAAGGUGGGAGACAUUCACUGUAUUGAUGCGAGACUCUUUGGAAACAUCGGGCGCUUCAUCAACCACCUGUGUGAGCCCACCCUGCUGGCGGUCCGCGUGUUCACCAUGCACCAGGACCUGCGCUUCCCCAGGAUCGCCUUCUUCUCCAGCUGCUCCAUCAAGGCUGGAGACCAGAUAGGGUUUGACUAUGGCGAUCACUACUGGAGGGUGAAGAGCAAGUACUUCAGCUGCCAGUGUGGCUCUCUCAAGUGUCGCCACUCCGCCAGCAGCAGAGAAUCUCACUGAUGACCACUGACCCCCCCCUCAGCCUGGACUCAUUCUGUUGGACCUCUUUAAUGUCAGAAACACUGUCUUCUGAACCUGAUACCACAUAGGACUGAUGUUUUAUUACUGUUCACCUAGAUUCCCUGUUCAAAAGCAACACAUGAGGAAUAAAGCUUGUGGAAAUGUGUCA